AUCCCAUUUCCCGUAGCGCGCUGCCUCUCACCGACCGGACCCUAAAGGAGUGUCUCACCUAUAGCCGACCGAUAGCGAUCAACCAUGACCGCCACUGAGAGAACGCCGCUGCUGGGAUCCCCGCCCCCAGGGGAUGGGUCGUCGCCGCUCAAGCCCCGUUGCUUGUUAUCGUCUCACGCAGAAAGCAAGGCCUGGUCAUCGAUUUGCUCGCCUGCUAACCGCAUUCUUAUGGCUGGGUUUCUUGUGUCCUUGACGUUAGGCCUUACUCAGGUCCCCAUCAUCUACGUCUUCCGAAUCAUGACAUGCGACGCCUUCUACGCCGGAGGCAGCGCCAAAGCCGCCAGCCCACCAGCGGACCGCUGCGCCCGCCGGGAAAUCGACGCCGCUACGGCGUCGCAGGUUUCUUUCCUCGGCAUGACGACCUCCGUCUGCGGCAUCGCCAACCUGUUCAUCUGCGGCGCCUUGAUCCGUCGGCUCGGCCCGCGCUGGGCGUUCGUCAGCCAGACCAGCCUGCUCGCCGUGCGCGUUGCGUGCCAGAUCGUGGCUGUCGCUGUCGGGGGGAAGAAGGGGAUCAUCUUGAUGCAGGCGACGCAGUUGGUGGGUGUUGUUGGCGGACCGCGGGGGUAUAUGCUUGUGUUGAACACGGCCGUAGCUGAGGUCGUCGAGAGGAGACGGCAUACGGCUGUAUUUGGGAAGCUUCAAGGUGCACUGAUGAUGGGCACAGCUGGCGGUUAUCUCCUUGGGGGUAUCUUGGGAGAUGCUGGGAUUCAGAUUCCCUUCGUGACGGCCGUGGGUUGCUUCAUCGUUGGAACCCUCUACGGUACCAUCUUCAUGCCGACGCCUCCCGCCAGCAAAGAAGAAUCGGCCAACGACUCUCAUAGGGCGCCGACCGGGUUCCUCUCCCCUAUAAAGGUGUUCAUACCACCCCGCUUCCGCUUGGAAUCCGGCAGGGUGGUGAGGCAUUACGGUCUCGUCUUCCUCGCUCUUGGUGUUUUCUUCGGAGUGUUCGCCACAGGAUAUGCCCCCAUCUUGAUCCAGAUGUACGCGACAUCGAGAUUCCAGUUCGGCACCACCGAAAACGGCAUCCUAAUGUCAGGCAAUUCCCUGAUACGCGGUGUCUUCUUGAUGUUCAUCUUCCCCAAGCUCAUCGAUGUCGGGCGGAGGUGGUUCGCAUCCUCUGCGGCUGGUCCUACCGCCAGUCGUGCCGACCUCGGUGGGGAACCCCUGAGACGGGAAGAAGGGGAAAUUCUGCCGACGAACCCGGACGAGUGGGAACCGGUCCCCGGGUUGGUGAAUUCGGAAGAGCCCACGAAACCUCCACCCGAGGAAGACGACGAAGAUAGUAUGUUUGAUCUGUCGUUCUUGCGCUGGAGCUUGCUGGUCGAUGGGAUCGUCACCUCCAUCUCGGCUUGGGCUACUGAAGGGUGGCAUAUGUACCUUGCUGCCUUCCUCCUCCCCUUUGCCUCGGGUUCCGCUCCUGCUGCCAAGGGUGUCAUCACCGAGAUGUGUCCUUCCUACCUCCGCCAGGAUGCAUUGAGUGCCAUUACCCUCGUGGAGAGCGCUGCUACAUUGACUACUCAGGGUCUCUUUGGCCUUAUUUAUGCCUCGUUAUCCACCAUUGGGCGCGCUAACCUGACAUUCUUUUGCAACGGGGGCCUCGCAAUGGUUGCUGUAUGUAUUCUAUCCCUUGCGCACUACCCUCCGGCCAACAGCACACGAGUGGACGAUGCAAAAGAUGACGAGAGAGAUGAUGGGAAUCCAUGAGGUGUAUAUAUGCUUGUGCUAGUGGUGAGCUUUUCUUCCGUGCGUUCUUCAGCCAUGAUUUAUGGACGGUGCGUUCUCACGAGUAGGACAUGCAAUAUGCUUUCCGCUCUCACUCGGGUGAGUUGUUCCAUUCCUGGGCGUUGGGUAGAGCUUUGUGCACUGUGAGGAUUCUACUACAUAGAUAGAUAAAAGUUGAUUGGGAGUUAUAUAUCGUUGUAUAGUCUUUUACCCCUGUUGAACGUGGAAACGCUG